AUGAGCAACUUAAACAACGCGACAGGAAACACUGCCGACUCCGUCGCGGCUGUUGUUGAACAGACAGACAUGGCCAAUACCACAUCAGCUCCGUCUUCCAUCACCACCACCGCCGCCACUACAAGCAACUUCAACAAUGAUGCCAGUAGCGGUGGCAGCCGUGACAUAUUUGCCAAUGACGCGCUUCUCCUUGGUCUACAUCCAACAACAGCAGCAACAACAACAGCAGCAGCAUUGACACCGACGCCACCAACGGCAAUACCUCUUCAGCUCACUUCGCUACCAACAGAAGCAAUAGCACCCUCAACAGCAACAUCUGUUUUGGCAUCAACCCUUCCGACCGGGAUCAGCGCCACUACCAUCGACAACACCACCUUCGACCCAAACAUCCUCGCUUCAUUCGCCUCCGCAGUUCCAUCAGGCUUUCCUACUGCUGUUCCUGCAACCAUGCCGUCCAUUGGGUUUCCACCAAUGCCUCUUUCCGCCGCAACUUCGUCAGUUCCUCUUGGCAACGAUGUUUCCUUCACCUCUAUCCCUCCACAACUACCCCAAGACGCUCUUCAAGCGUCGACUAUCCUGCCUGGAUCCUUUCUACCUGCCCAGCAGCAGCAACAACCGUUACCACCCACGUUCAAUGUGUCCAUCCCGUUGACUGUGCCUUCUAUCACCACGACAAACACCGCGUCACCUGUGCAACCACCGCCGGUACAUCAGCAACAGCAACAGCAGUCGUCGCAAGUCGCCGCACUGUCCGCGUCUGCCAAAUUCUUGCAAGAGCAAUUGGACGCGCAAAAGGCCACUGUGGCUUCUAACACAGGUGGGGCGUCACCAGGCCAAAACAAGCAACCUCACUCCCAGCGCGCUGCGUUGGCCAAAAAACAGCAGCAGCAGCAGCAGGACAAGCCCCCACAACCACAACAGCCUCCACAGUCAACUCUCCCAACGACACAGCAACAGCAACAGCAGCCAGGGUUAACGGAUGAGCCGACCCCGCAAAUUUCCACGGACCUACUGGCGAUGGUCGCAGCAGGGACAGCCGUCCCUCCACCAGGCAGGCCACCCUUGUCGAGUUCCCAACAGCUGCAGCAUGAUCUUCAACAGCUCCAGCUUCACAGGGAGCGACAAGCGGCCGCAGAAGCAGAGGUAGCUGCCUCGACGAACGAAGUCGGUACCUCCGUCACGGCCCCCAUAGCAGGCCUCGCUGUUCCCAAUACUACAGCCAACACCAACACCAGUCUGGACGCCAAACUGAAUGCUUCACAGGUUCCAACGAUCGAUGCUCAGACUCGCGCCUUGAAGGCGCUUUUGAGCAAGGGUGACACUCUUAUUCCAGGAACACAGAUCCAAAUAUCAGACGAAAUGAUCAACAAAGCACUGACGAGUCUUGGAGCAUCUGGCGCGAUUGCAGACCUUGCGGCGCUGAAAGGUAUACUGCCUGACAUGGCUCACAGCAUCGCUGAGAAACCCAACACAGGAUCGACAGAGACCAGCAUUACUCCACAAGGCGCCACAACCGCCACUACCGCCACUGCCGCCACUACCAACAAUAACAGUGGCAAAGCGGAUGCCACUGCAAUGAGUGGCGGGGCAACACCUGCAGCCACCAGCGCACCACCCCAAAUUUUCAAGGCGACAUACUCUGGCGUGCCGGUCUUUGAGAUGAUCUGCAGAGGCGUCGCGGUCAUGCGCCGUCGCUCGGAUUCGUAUCUGAACGCGACCCAGAUCUUGAAAGUGGCCGAGUUUGACAAGCCUCAGAGGACGCGUAUUCUGGAGAGAGAGGUGCAGAAAGGAGAGCAUGAGAAGGUGCAAGGAGGAUAUGGAAAGUACCAAGGCACAUGGGUACCGUAUGAGCGUGGUGUUCAAUUAUGUCAGGAAUACAACGUCAUGGAUGUUCUUCAGCCCUUGCUUGGAUAUGAAAUACGUGCAAACAGUCCUCCUCUGGCGCCCAAGCACGUAACUGCAGCGACCAAUCGACCUCGGAAACCCAAGGAGCCGCGUGUGCCAGGAGCCCCAAAAAUCAAGAAACCCAAAACUCCGCGAGCACCCAAGCAUGGAGCGCAGGGGUCAGCAGCUGGUUCGCAACAGGAUACACCUAUGGCGAUGGAAGGCGAGGUGGACGAGAACACAAGUGCUUCCGAAAUGGAGGACGAGGAAAUGCCCAGUCGCGCAGGCAGUGAAGCGAGUAUGGAUGAGACGAUGAGUAUAUUAUCUCGAGGUGCGGAUCAUUCGUCGAGCGAUAUCUCAGACAACGACACCUAUUCCCCAGGACGACGACGCCAACGAUCCUCUGAGCGGUCUCCUCGAUCACGAAAGAAGCAGAACAGUCGACCUGGAGAUGAGCUCUUCAUUGGCUACCAUGGCGGACACGAUAGACAGUCUUCCCAGCAGCAGUCUGGUUACCCUAGUCCAGGUGGACGGUCUCGGCGACGCGAACUUUUGGAUCAGGACGUAGAGAUGCGGUCACGAGAUGAAGCGCAUUCGCCCAGCCUUCGACAUGCAUCACCUAGCCGGCGUCGUGUAGGACAGAGCAGUUCACGCACCAAGGCACAAGGAGAGGAAUCGUGGCAAGACAGCCAAACAUCCAGGGUGACUGCUUCCGAAUCGACACAGAGCCAGUACGCCGAAACACUCCUUGAAUACUUUGUCACGGACCAGACGACCCUACCCUCGAUCCUGACCCACCCUCCGCCUGAUCUGGAUUUCGACCUCAUCAUUGACGAGGAGGGACACACACCCCUGCAUUGGGCAGUCGCCAUGGCACGGAUCAAGAUUGUCAAGCUCCUUGUGCAACACGGCGCCGACAUCUACAGAGUCAACAACCAGGGCCAAACAGCUCUCAUGCGGUCAGUUUUGUUCGCCAACAACUUCGACAUGAAGACGUUCGCCUCACUACUGGAGAUUCUUCAAAAGACCAUCUUUACGAUCGACAAGAAUGACCAGACUGUCUUCCACCACGUUGCAGCAACAGCGGGCAUGCGCGGGAAGGUGCACGCGUCUCGGUACUAUAUGGAAUGUCUCCUGGACAAACUGGCUCUUCACCCCUCUGAGUUGGCGUCGAUCAUCAAUGUGCAGGAUGUGGCAGGGGACACGGCGUUGAUCAUUGCGGCGAGGAUUGGUAACAAGAAGGUCGUCCGAUUGCUUUUGGAGGCUGGAGCGGACGCAAAGAUUCGAAACAAGUCUGGUCGAAAUGCGGAUGAAUUUUUGCAAGAGGCAGAGAAUCAAGCUUCUGGUUCGUCCUCGACUCUGCUUCCUUCUCUGCAACCUUCACCGUCCACAACGGCUCACUCGCAGCAGCAGCAGCAACAACAACAACAGCAACAGCAACAACCUCAUUCGUCUCAAGGAAGCCCCUACCCCUAUCACCAAGCUCAGUUCGGUAACAACAGCACCAGCAGCAACAAUAAUAGCGCCGCCAACAGCAGCAGUGGUAACACUGCACACAGUCAACGCAUGAGCCAUACUAUGGGUCAACAAGCCCACCACUUGCCUGGUACCAUGCCCGUCUCUGCGUCGCCAUCGACACCACGCGUGCACGGUCAUUUGUCGCCCCACCCACAAGGCCAUUCGACCCCGACGAUGCGAUCCGCCACACCCCCAGCACCAAGGCAUGGCGGGUACACUCCGUCGAUGGAUCGGCCGACUAGCGCUGGUUUCCAAGAAUAUUCGUCGUCGUCGUCCUCAUCGAGAAACCCCUUUCAACCCCAAUCUGGACCAUCCUUGCCCUCUGUUGGACAGUCGUUUGGUCAUUCUCGACCAAGUCCCAUCCACGAUCCCUCGUCCUUAUCUCGUGGAGGCAGUGGCGGUCAAGGCGGUCUCGCACCGAUAGACGGAACGAGACCUGUAGAAUUGGGACCUACAGCAAGCCUGUCGGGUAGCGGCAGCGGUCUGGGUGGUAGCGGCGGCGUACGAGCGUCACAAAGGAUGAUCCCUGCAGUGACCGAGCUGUUUGAGCACCUGACGCAGUCGUAUGAGAAAGACUUGUAUGAGAAAGAGCAAGACUUGUUGGAUGCACGCAAUCUGCUGCACAGUAUCCAGUCGGAGGUGCAGGAGGGUCAUCGUACGAUGGACGAGCUCCGCAACAAGACGAUGUACUUGGGUCAGGCAGAGGACCAGAUCCGGACGCUGGAAGGUAUGAUUCGACAGGAGAUUAAUCUUCGGCAGCGGCUGAGGAUUGAGGACCUGGUAACUCAGGAGGAAAACCGAUUGAGGCGUGAGAGGGAAAUGGAGAAGGAGCGGACCGGACAUGGACCGGUGGACGGUGGACGUGUGUUGGCGAUGGAAAGAGAGGCUAUGGAGUUGAGGGUCAGUCUCUCGCAGAUGCAGCAGUCGCGUAAAGAACAGGUGGAGCAGAUUGUUCAGCUCAAGAGUCAGCAGGGCAAGAGGCGCCAAGAGUACAAGCGGCUGAUUGCGCUGUGCUGUAAUGUAUCUAUUGACGAGGUCGAUGGACUUUUAGGACCGUUGCUCAACACCCUCGGUAACGAAGACGGCGUCGCUUAG